CAAGGCAACGGGCUGGUGUGCACCCUCACUGCUGUAGCCUGUUUAGCAAGCUUCUGCAACUAGCUAACUCCAAAUGUGAAGUAGGUUACAUUAAAAACGCUGCGGACAAAAGAUGUGACAGCCUUCGGUUUUAUGGAGUAUUAGAGAGUCAUGGGUCCAGACACUGCAUCUGCCUCUAAAACAGAAUCUUCAGAGGAAAGUCCAGGAGAAGUUGUUGUGAAGGUCAUCUCAGAGUCAGACGAUGCAUCAGCCACCACUGAGCCCGAGAACUCCAAACAGCCAGGGAGCAACAUGUCAGACAAGUGUUAUCCUUGCUCCGUCUGCGGCAAGGUAUUUGACAGACCGUCAAAGCUAGAGAGGCAUAAACCUGUACACACGAGGAAGCCCAAGACUCUUCAUCAGUGUCAGCAUUGUGAUAAGACUUUCACGCAACAGGAGAAGCUGCUCAGACACCAGAAUUGCCACAACAGGACUAACAAGCACCCCUGUCCUGACUGCGGGAAAAUUUUCAACAGGCCUUCAAAGUUAGAGCGGCAUAAGCGCACACACUCAAAGAAACCGAAGGUGCCUCAUCAGUGUUCGUAUUGCAUGAAGACGUUCAGCAAACUUAAUAAACUCGUCCGUCACAAACGGAUGCACACUGGGGAGAGGCCUUUCACGUGCUCGGUCUGCGGAAAAGGAUUCUCCGAGUCCGGUCACUGCAAAGCACACGAAAAGACGCAUGAGGAGCAGCCAGAAAAACCCCACUGCUGCGCCAACUGCGGGAUGUGUUUUUUCAAGGCCUCAGAGCUCCGUCGACACUUCCGCUCGCACACCGGAGAGAAACCUUUCCGAUGCACCCUGUGCGAGAGCUGCUUCUCCCGCUCGGAAGGACUUAAAAGACACAUGAGGAGCCACACAGGGGAAAGACCGUACAAAUGCAUUAUCUGCGGAAAGGGAUUUUAUUCCCGCCAGGAUCUGAAUGUUCACGGACUGACGCACUCGGGGGAGAAACCACAUCUUUGCCCCGUGUGUGGUAAAGGCUUCUCCCAGCUGGGCAACAUGAAAGAACACGAACAAAAUGUUCACAUAAAGUCCGAGAAGUAUAUCUGCAAUGAAUGCGGGGCGACGUUCACACGGUACAAGUCACUAACAAAACAUCAGCGGACACACACAGGGGAAAGACCCUACCUGUGUCUCACCUGCGGGCGUAGGUUUUCAUGGAGCCAUUCUCUAAGCAGGCACCGGAGGACACACGCACACAGACAGAUGUGUCUGAACACAUCUAAAGACACACCGAGUUUGGAAGGACCCUCUGAGAACCAUAGCAGUUGAAAAUGACACAGUGAUAUCCCUAAUUUUGAGGUGCACCUACCUACCUGUUGCUGCUCGCCCUGUAUGUCCAUAAAAUACGAGUCAGGGCUCCGGUUAUGUUCUCUUCUGUUAAUCUGGUGAAAACAGAUUAAGUGAAAAUCGCAGCACACUGCUGCAUGUGUGGAAGCUCUGUUUACAUAUUUUCUUCUCGAUAGAUUUGAACUUGCCUUUAGAUAAUAUAAAAGAAUAUCUCAUAUCAUGAAAUUAAUUCCUGUUUAUCAUUAACCACGAGAUCUUUUACAGCUGAAGUAGAGUUGCCCUGCCAGAAGGCCUGAAAAUUAAAAUCUAUUUGAUUUUCUGAUUCAGCCAGACUGAUUAAUAGAUGCAGUACUGACCGUAAUAUUAAUUGAGAUACCAGACUAUAGACCGUUGCGCAGUCACCUCUGGAAAACUGGCUUUUAAUUUGCAUUGCAAAGAUUUCAGAAAUCGGCAAACUUGUUAAUUUUUGUUGCUGCAACUGUAGUGUAUAAAGAUAUGUAGUAAAACAAGGUGGUCCGACCUAUCUGCUUUUACCUUUUAUAUAAUUAUUUGAUAUAUAUGAGGUUGCUUUGCUAGCCUCUGUGGUAUCUACACAACAGCCACAUCUCAAAGUAGCUGCUAAUUUUGGGUAAGCUCGAGCUGUCAUUUUCUUUAGUCUUUGGGUUAACAGGUAAAUAAGGUCUGCAGCGGUACAUUAGUGAUGUUAAUAAUGAGAUAUAAAAGUGUCAAAAAUGCAUUUUAGAUCAAUUAGAUCUAUGCACUUUGAAAUAAUACAUAUUAUGUAAGCUAAUGUGUGAUGCAGGGGUUUUCUCCCCAAAUUAUUGUAAGCGAACAUUGUCAUCCGGUCUAUAGUCCUUCCUGACUAAAUGUCUGCUUUCCAGUGGUGAUUGACUUUAUCCAAUGUCCCUCACAGUAACAACUCCAUAGAAAGCACACAUAUAAACAGGCUUAAGAUUCAUUUGUGGUACAGCUCACACACCAGUGGCUCAGUGGUUUUCUUGCUGGAUUCGAUUAAAGAGAUUUCCUUUUCCUGCCCUUCUUACAUACAAAGUGGCCAAAGAUAGACAGUUUUUAUACAGUACACGACAAGUUCUAUUUCAUAAUUAAACCCUCUCAGAAUUGUUAAUGCCAUGCUGAGUCGGAGCAGUAACACUAUGUUCUUCCUGCGGGUCCAUUACCUCGCACCACUAAUGGGAAACACCUGCUGUGAGAUCGCUGAUUGCAGUGCCAUCAGAAAUUAAAGCUUGAUGUUGUGUGAUGGUUUGAGAGGAGAGUGCAGCAGUUGUGUAAAAUUAAAACUGAUAUAGUAACUCUGUCGUGUUUUUUUUUUUCCAUUUUAUAUUGACAUGUACUGUAUAGCAUAUAUAUUGUAUGUAAUCCACUGUUUUGCUUAUGGAUAUAUUCUUUAUACAUUAUGCAUAGUGCUGUAUAACUGCACAGUAACACAACAAUGGGCCCCCCUUCUCUUUAUAAUUACAUACUCAAAUAAUGUUCUCAAAUCAUGCUUUAGUUAUGCCGAAGAAAAUUUAAAUUGAACUUUGAGGUUUGCAAGUCACUCAGAUGAGGUUAUCUCUUAAGUGAUUUCAUAUAAAACACGGCCAUCAAUGAAC